AGAGCCAUCAAGUCAGGAGCCUUAUCAACGUUGUCAUCAUUUAGGAAGAGCUGUCGCCACUUUCAAGCUCUUCCACGACAUUCGCCGCUAUGGCACCGCAUAAAGAUACUCUGUUCCGCUCGGCGGACAUGAGUCUGACCCAGCUGUACAUUGCCAAUGAGAUCGGAAGGGAGGUUGUGAGUGCUUUGGGCGAGCUCGGGGUGAUGGAUUUUAGAGACCUCAACGCCGAGACUACUGCUUUCCAACGUACCUUUACCCAAGAGAUUCGCCGCCUAGACAAUGUCGAAAGACAACUACGUUAUUUCCAUAGCCAGAUGGAGAAGUCAGACAUAGCUAUGCGUUCCAUUUAUGAUUUUAAUAAUAUACUGGCUGCGCCAUCUGCGUCGGAGAUUGAUGAGCUGACUGAUCGAAGUCAAGGACUGGAGGCAAGAAUCACGGGACUGAAUGACAGUUAUGAGACACUCAAGAAAAGAGAAAUGGAGCUCACAGAAUGGAGAUGGGUGCUGAGAGAGGCUGGAGGCUUCUUCGAUCGUGCUCGUGGCCAGACCGAAGAGAUUCAACAGCGAACUUCAGAGGAUAACGAUGACGCACCGCUCCUCCGUGACAUGGAACAACACACCGAGCAAGCUGAGCAAUCCUUUUCUGUGAUGAAUAUAGGCUUUGUUGCUGGCGUAAUUCCACGGGAGCGGAUGGCGGCGUUUGAGCGAAUUCUGUGGAGGACCCUGCGUGGUAACCUCUACAUGAAUCAGUCGGAGAUCCCCGAGCAGAUCAUUAAUCCAGAGACCAAUGAAGGCGUGAAUAAGAACGUCUUUAUAAUAUUUGCGCACGGAAAGGAAAUCAUCGCCAAGAUCCGCAAGAUCUCAGAAUCCCUCGGGGCGGACCUCUACAGCGUCGACGAGAACAGUGAGCUUCGGAGAGACCAACUUCACGAGGUAAACACACGCUUGAAUGACCUCGCCAGCGUACUUCGCAACACCAAGCAGACUCUUGAUGCUGAACUUACACAAAUCGGUCGCAGUCUCGCUGCCUGGAUGGUUGUUGUCAAGAAGGAGAAGGCUGUCUACGAGACCCUGAAUAGAUUUUCUUAUGACCAACAGCGCAAAACACUCAUUGCGGAGGCUUGGUGUCCUACUAGCUCUCUCGGUUUGAUAAAGUCUACUCUCCAAGACGUCAAUGACCGUGCCGGGCUGUCGGUGCCUACUAUCGUCAAUCAGAUUCGAACUUCUAAGACGCCACCAACAUACGUCAAAACUAACAAAUUUACGCUCGCCUUUCAAACCAUCAUUGAUGCUUACGGUACUGCGAAAUACUCCGAAAUCAAUCCCGGGCUACCCACCAUCGUUACCUUUCCUUUCUUGUUUGCCGUCAUGUUCGGUGACUUCGGUCACGGAAUGCUUAUGACCUUUGCCGCACUUGCUAUGAUCUACUGGGAGAAGUCGCUCUCACGCGGCAAGCUUGAUGAACUUUUCUCGAUGGCAUUUUACGGCCGCUAUAUCAUGCUGAUGAUGGGUAUAUUCUCCAUGUACACCGGUCUCAUCUACUGCGACGCCUUCUCCAAGGAAUUGCCUAUUUUCCCGUCCAUGUGGAAAUGGCCCGAGGGUGCUGAAGAAGGACAAUCCGUAACCGCAAUCCGGGAGAACGGCUAUACUUACCCCUUUGGACUGGAUUGGAUGUGGCACGGUACCGAAAACGACCUCCUCUUCUCAAACAGCUACAAGAUGAAGCUCAGUAUUCUCAUGGGAUGGGCACAUAUGACUUUUUCACUCUGCUUGUCGUAUGUUAACGCUCGCCACUUCAAGUCGCCCAUCGACAUUUGGGGAAAUUUCAUUCCUGGCAUGAUAUUCUUUCAGUCCAUCUUUGGUUACCUGACUUGGGCAAUAAUAUACAAGUGGUCUGUCGACUGGGUUUCCAUCGAUAAGAACCCGCCCAGUCUGCUCAACAUGCUUAUUUACAUGUUCUUGCAGCCCGGAACACUCGAAGACCAGCUCUACUCAGGGCAAGCAACGUUGCAAAUUAUUCUCGUUCUUCUCGCGUUGGUAUGUGUCCCAAUAAUGCUGUUCUUGAAGCCGUUUUACCUUCGUUGGGAGCACAACAAGGCCCGGGCCAUGGGAUACCGUGGCAUCGGAGAAACUACUCGUGUCUCGGCUUUGGACGAUGAUGAUGAUGAUGAAGAGAGCACAACGCUUAAUGGUGGACGUGACAGUUACGCUGACGAUGAGGACGGCGUCGCGCUGAUCACCCAGGACAUUGGCCAUGGUGAGGAGCACGAAGAAUUCGAAUUCAGCGAGGUCAUGAUACACCAAGUCAUUCACACUAUCGAAUUCUGUUUGAAUUGUGUCUCUCAUACCGCCUCCUACCUUCGGUUAUGGGCUUUGUCGCUAGCCCAUCAACGUCUUUCUAUUGUACUUUGGGACAUGACCAUGAAGAUUGCUUUCGGCUACAGCGGUGCUGUUGGGAUUGUCAUGAUUGUCGUCCUAUUCUACCUCUGGUUCUUGCUAACCAUCAUGGUUUUGUGUGUCAUGGAAGGUACUAGUGCCAUGUUACACUCACUGCGACUGCACUGGGUGGAAGCCAUGAGCAAGCAUUUCAUAGGAGACGGCGUUGCGUUCGAACCUUUCAGCUUCAAAGUUCUGUUGGAAGAGGAUCCUGUCGAAUAGUUAGUCGCAAUACUGUGACUUGUCCUGUGUUUUAUUAUAUAGUGUAAAGUGUAUGAUAGGAAUCCAACGUAACACCCGUCGUUCUAUUGAGCAAGUUUUCAACACAGCCUGGACAUGUGCGAUCAUUCAAGAAUUUUGAAAGAAAAUCUGGCCCUCUAACCAUGUUCAGAG